UUGCAAACGCCUUGCAUUCGUCCGGCGGCUGCGCGGGGUCGCCAAUGGAGCUCGCUGAACUGAUCAAGACUUCGAAAGUAGACGAUGUGGUCCUGUCCCGGCCCUUCCUGCAGCCGGUGAAGGGCACCCUGUGCGUUACCAGCCAUCACCUGCUGCUCUCGUCCCGGACUGGUUCCGCCGAAGAGCUCUGGCUUCUCAUCAGGAACAUCGAUGCGAUCGAAAAGAGGUUUUCUGGGUCCUCGGGGAUAAUAACAGUAAAAUGUAAAGAUCUGUGUGUCUGGUUCCUAGAGAUUCCAGGAAUGGAGGAAUGCUUAAACAUUGCAAGUUCGAUUGAGGCCCUGUCGUCCCUGGAAUCCGUCACUGACAUGUAUCCCUUCUUCUACCGACCCAAGAGUGUGAAGCUGUGGCAAGGCUGGGACCUGUGCCGUCCGGAAGUGCAGUACGACAGGCUGUCGUCACACACUAAUAAUUGGCGCCUUAGUUAUGUGAACAAGGACUUCACUGUGUGCCCGAGCUACCCGGAUGCUGUGAUCGUCCACAGGUCCAUCAAAGAUGCUGCACUGAAGAUUGUGGCCAAGUUUCGGCAGGGAGGCCGUUUCCCAGUGCUCAGUUACUAUCACAGGAAGAAUGGAAUGGUGAUAAUGCGCAGCAGCCAGCCGCUGACUGGCGCCAACGGGAAAAAGUGCAAGGAGGAUGAAAACAUCCUGGCCGCUGUGCUCCCCCCUGGAUCGGCGGGUUACAUCAUUGACACGCGUUCUGUGCAAGCGGCACAUCAGGACAAAGUCAAGGGUGGCGGCUGGGAAUCGAAGGGGAACUACCCAAACUGGAAGAGACUGCACAAACCCAUUGACAGAGGCCGUGUGCUCCAGGAGAGCCUGGUGAAGUUGGUUGAUGCCUAUAGUGGCCAGUCCAACAGCAUCGACCGGUGGCUCAGUAAAUUGGAGGCUUCGAAGUGGCUGUCUCACGUGAAAACCAUCCUGACGACUGCCUGCCUGGCUGCACAGUGUGUGGAUAGGGAGGAGGGCUGUGUUCUGAUCCAUGGCUCGGAGGGGAGAGACACCGUACUCCAGCUCACAUCCCUGGCCCAAGUGAUCCUCGAUCCAGACUGCAGGACCCUGGUGGGCUUUCAGGCUCUCAUAGAGCGAGAGUGGCUCCAGGCCGGACAUCCGUUCCAGCUCCGCUGCGCCAGUUCGGCCUACUCUCACGCCAAACUGAAACACGAGGCUCCCGUCUUCCUUAUCUUCCUGGACUGCUGCUGGCAGCUGAGCAUCCAAUUCCCCUGCUCCUUCCAGUUCAACCAGCAAUUCCUCAUCACUCUCUUCGAGCACGCCUACGCCUCCCGCUUCGGGACAUUCCUGUGCAAUACUGAGGAGGAACGGUCUAUGCUGAAAGUGAAGGAGCGCACCAUCUCUCUUUGGCCAUGGAUAAACAGCUCCAGUGAGCGUGAAAAAUACCUCAAUCCUCUGUAUGAGAGAAACAGCCUCAGCAUCUGGCCUUCGGUGGCCCCACAGAGCAUACAGCUUUGGAACGGCUUGUUCCUCAGAUGGAAGCAAUCAUCAGAACAGCAGAUUGAGGCCUGGGAGCAGAUAAGUCACAUUAUGAGACACGGCAGGAGAGAGUCCAUCCCAACGGCAGACUAGGUUGGAAAUGAGGAGUCUGCUCAGAUGACAGGGUAGACCUGAGUGGUCUUGCCACAAAUCACCAUCUUUACAGAUAGCUUCAUCCCAUCAAGAUCACUGCCAAUGCAGCGUGCCUUAAAGACCAGGUUAAAAUAAGGUCUUGCCCAGAUGGUACUGACAGGUAAAGUGAAUGGUUUCCAUCCUGAGAAACAAUUGCACCCAAAUAAAGUUUAGAAAAGAUCAUUAUUUUAUUUUUAUUAUUUGAUCUUUGGACAUGAACUAUAAUUUAACUGUGGACGUGUAUUGAUAAGGAAUUUCAGACCACCAGCACACCGGGGAUUUACCUUGUACAUGGACUUGCCUCUGGGAGAAGGAGAUGCCUCAGGAGAGCUGAAGCAAUGUGGCCUACUUCGGAACUACUGAGGGAACGCGGGAUUUACUCAGCAGGCUGGGCUGCAUCUGUGAAGGAAGAGACUCCGUUAGUGUUUCAUGGGAACGAACUUUCAUCAGAGCUGGGGCUCUCCCUGGUACUGGACGUGGAACUGCCUAAUCAGUAUUUAAUUUCCCAAUUGGUGAAUUUACUCUGCUUUGAUACAUUGCUGGAACUUUUGACACUAGUAGGAAUUUCUUUGUUGAUAAUUACUCCACACUUGCACAGUGUUAGUGAUGUGUUAAUGACAAAGAACAGUACAGCACAGAACAGGUCCUUUGGCCCAUGAGGUUGUGCUGGCCCUAAGAUCAAUGAACUAACCCUUCUCUCCCCCAUAGCCCUCCACUUUUUCUUUCACCCAUGUGCCAAUUUCAGAGUCUCCUAAAUGUUCCUAAUGUAUCUGUCACUACCACCACCCCGGCAGGGUGUUUCACACACCCACCACUCACUAUGUUUCCUUUAAAAAAAACUUUCUCUGACACUCUCCCCAUACUUUCCAGCAAUCACCUUAAAGUUAUGGCCCCUUGUAUUAGCUACUUCCAUCCUGGGGGGAAAAAAUCUCUGGCUUUUCUAUCAAUGCCUUUUAUUGUCUUGUACACCUCUUACCCACAUUUGCUCCAAGAGAAAAGUCCUAGCUCGCUCAAACUUUCCUCAAGACACACACUCUAAUCCAGGCAGCACCUGAAAAACUCCUCUGCACCCUCUUUAAAGCUUCCUAAGAUGAGGCAACCAGAACUGAACACAAUGCUCUAAAUGUGGUUUCAGUAGAGUUUUAUGGAGCUGCAACGUUACCCCACAUCAAUUCCCUGACUAAGGAAGGGGAACAUACUGCAGACCUUCUGAACGAAUUUGGUUAGUAACAGCGUGGAGUAGGCCCCUUGAGCCAAGCUGCCUCAGCAACCACCGACAAACCCGAUUAACCCUCAUCUAAUCACAGGACAAUUUGCAAGGACUAAUUAA